AUGCCAACUGGAAAUCACAACAUACACGUAGAAACAUACAGAGGGUCAACUACUGAGGCUAUGGCUCAUCAUAUUAGGCCAUGCUUAGUCAAGCAGCCGGACCAAAUUGUGUUACAUGUUGGUACGAACGACAUACGAGAUAGGCAGCCGGAAGAAAUUGUGGAUGGCAUAAUGAAAAUGCAAAAGGUUAUCAAGAAGGAAAGCCCAAAAACAACCGUGAUUGUAUCAGAGCUGUUACACAGAAACGACAAAAUUGAGUAUACACAAAAAGUGAAGAAG